GGGAGGAGCGUGCCCGCCCGGCACACGCAUGCACACACGCACCGCGCGGCCUCCCAGCUUUGUCCCCGGAUUUUAACCCCUGCCGCGCUGCAGCGGGACAAAGGCGGAGGGAGGGGAGGGGAGGGGAGGGGAGGGGGCGCUCGCUAGCUCGCAGCCGGGGGUGGAGUCAGCGGGGGGCGAUGGAGGAGGUUGAGCCCGCGACCUACCCGGACUUCCUGGUGGACAAUGAGAGCAACGGCCCCUUCCCCCUGGUGGACCCCAGUGCUGAGAGGUUCCCGAUGGCACCCUCAGCCACUUUUUCCUGGAUGGAGCCGGGGGAGGAGACGUGUGACCCGGACUCGGACGAGAGGGAGACCGUCCGGGUGGUCCUGACAGACGAUGGGGUCCUGAGCGACAAUGAAGAGGAGGAAGAAGAAACUGGGGACGUGGCAGACGAAGAGGAGGAGGAGGAAGAGGAGGAGGAGGAAGAGGAGGAAACGGAUGAGUCUUUCCCAGCUCGGUCCAAAGGGGACAACAGCACCCGAGGGGGCACGGGACAGCGGCGGCCAGGGGAGCGGCCAGCGCAGGCCGAGGACAAACCGUUCCGGUGCUCGGAGUGCGGGAAAGGUUUUGCGCAGAGCUCCAACCUCAUUAAGCACCAGCGGGUGCACACUGGCGAGCGUCCGUACCGCUGCAUCCAGUGCGGCAAGGCCUUCACCUGGAGCUCCUCCCUGCUGGAGCAUCAGAAGGCGCACGCCGGCGAGAAGCCCCACAGCUGCCCUGAGUGCGGCAAGAGCUUCAGCCGCGGCUCCACCCUCCUGGAGCACCAGCGCAUCCACACAGGUGAGAAGCCCUUCCGGUGCCAUCAGUGCGGAGCCCGUUUCAGCCAGAGCUCUACCCUGGUGCAUCACCAGCGCACCCACACCGGAGAGAAGCCAUACCGGUGUGAGGAGUGCGGCCGCGCCUUCGGGCGCAAGUCCACGCUGGUCACCCAUCGCCGCACGCACACUGGGGAGAAGCCAUACCGCUGCGGGGAGUGUGGCCGUGCCUUCGUGGUCAGCUCGGACCUGGCCAAGCACCAGCGCACCCAUGCAGCCAGCGGGGGGCCCUACUGCUGCGGAGAGUGCGGGGAGCGCUUUGGCUGGAGCGCUGCCCUGGCGGCUCACCGCAAGAGUCAGCAUGGGGCGGAGAAGCCGUACCGGUGCCCGGAGUGCGGGGAGGCUUUCCACCAGCGGGCCACGCUGCAGGUGCACCAGCGCACCCACGCUGGCGAUGAGGCGUUCACCUGCCCCGACUGCGGGGAGCGCUUCCCCGAGAGCACCAAGCUGGCGCGGCACCAGCGGCUGCGGCACAGUGCCGACGGCGAGGGUAAGCCCUUCCGGUGCUCGGCCUGCGGCAAGGGCUAUGCUCAGAGCGCGGGGCUGCGGCACCAUCAGCGCGAGCAGCCCUUCCGGUGCCCGCAGUGCGGCCUCAGCUUCCUGUGGAGCUGCCGGAUGGCCGAGCAUCGGCGUGCCUGUCGCCUCGCCGAGAAACCCUACAAGUGCCCCGAGUGUGGGAAGAGCUUUGGGCAAAGCUCCAAGCUGCUGAGGCACCAGGUCACGCACACGGGCGAGAAGCCCUACAAGUGCCCCGACUGCGGGAAGAUCUUCAGCCAGAGCUCCAACCUGGCUGAGCACCGGCGCACGCACGCCGGGGAGAAGCGGCACCGCUGUGCCACCUGCGGCAAGAGCUUCGCCUUGGGCUCCUACUUGGCGAAGCACCAGAUCACGCACACCGGCGAGCGGCCCUACCGCUGCACGCAGUGUGGCAAGGGCUUCCGGCAGAGCUCCAACCUCAUCCAGCACCAGCGCACCCACACGGGCGAGCGCCCCUACACCUGCCCGCAGUGUGGCAAGAGCUUCUGCCAGAACUCCCACCUCAUCAAGCACCGGCGCACCCACACCGGCGAGCGCCCCUACCGCUGCCCGCAGUGCGGCAAGAGCUUCCGGCAGAGCGCCAACCUCCUUGAGCACCAGAACACCCACACCGGCGAGCGUCCCUACCGCUGCGGCCAGUGUGGCAAGAGCUUCUGCUGGAGCUCUGCUUUCAGCAAACACCAGCGUACCCACCUCACCUAGGGGCCCCCUGCCCUUCUGGCCCCCUUCACCACCCCACCCCUGCUCCCAGCCAGCCUCAAGGCAAGGGGGCAUUGUGUGGACCCACCUCAGCUAGGGGCCUGGCACAUGCCACCCUCACCAGCCCCAGGGCAGGGGAUCAGUAUCCAGAUCCACCUCAGCUAGGGGCCCAGCACACCCUACCCCGACUGUGCCAGCCUCAGGGCAGGAGAGCAUUGCCUGGACCCACCUCAGCUAGGGGCCUGGCAUGCUUCAACAAAGACUGGCCCCGGGGCGGGGUGCAAUGCACCCCCCGGCGGCGACCCAGCCCCUGUUUCACCCUGUCUUUUAAGCAUCCUGCCCUUUUGCUCGCCAGCCAUGCCUUGAUGUAAACUUGUAUUUAGAAACGGGAGGCUGCCCCAGGGAUCCCUGAGCAAGAUCUCAUCUGCUCACUGCCUUAAGGGCUGAUUUUGUGGCCGCCUCCUCGCCCCACAUCCAAGCCUCACAGAUGUUACUAGUCAAUCAACUAUUGCUAAUCAGUCUCAAUCAAUCUAAUGGGCCCUUGGCCCCAGUCCACAGCACUCUCUUGGCCUCUCCCUGGGCCGUGGGCUCUCUAGCUUUGCUCCUGGGCCUAUUGGGACCACCUCCGCAUAGUCCCUCUUAACCACCAAUUGCUGGGACUUUCACCUCUUAGUCCCACCUUAAACUGCCAUUGUUACCUGUAUUACCUGCAGGUGUUCUGGGCGUCCUUCGGUGGUCUCUGUCUAGUCUGCUCAGGAGCUCUUCUCAUGUUGGCUUCCAGGACCAGACUGCCGACCCAGCUCAGGAUCUGGGCUUAUUUACACCCUAAGCUUGGCCCUUUCCAGUCAGGCAUCUCCCUCGAAUGCUGAUUGAGCCCUCCUUGCAGCCUUUUUCCCCUUAAAGCAGGGGUUCCCAACCUUUUUAUGCUGAGGACCAACAAAGCGCGGACUGGCAAACUGCGGACCAGCAGCGACUGGCAUACUGCAGGGUUGGCUGCUGGUCCGCAGCAUGCCAGUCACUUCCAGUCCACGGUUUGCUGGUCCUCGGGCACUUUGGGUCUGGCAGCCAACCCUUUGUGGCCCGGGGUUGGGAACCCCUGCCUUAAAGUAGCUGGAGCAUUCAGCUCCCUGUUACACAUGUCCCUCACCCCGUCAGCCCCAGGGCAGGGAAACGCUGCCCAGACCCACCUCAGCUAGGGGCCGGGCACGCACAACCCUGCUCCCACCAAUGCCAGGGCAAAGGGAGCAGUGCAUGGAGCCACCUCACUUAAGGGUCUGCUCCCCCUUCGCUCACCCCCACCAACCCCCAAGGCAGGGGGAGCACUGCCUGGACCCACCUGAGCCAGGGACACUCUUGUGACCGCCUUUUGCUCCGCACCCCAUACCAGCGCACCUGGACCUACCAGAGAGACGGUCCCUGGGAUGGAGGCAGCGUGUGGGGCUUCCCCAGUCCAGCAGCCCCAGGCACCCUGCUGCGCUGCAGAGUCUGAUGGAUCCUGGGAUUCCCUCCUUCCCCAGCCCGGGAGCUGGAGGCACCCUAGCAGAGUGCACUCGCCCUCGUCUGCCUUAGCAAAGGAUCCCCAGGCCAGCCUGGAUGAGGAGCCUGGCAAGGGUGGUAGGGAGAUCCUCAUAGGGGAUGCCAGGAGUCACCUGUGCAAAGGACACUGCCCACCAUGGACAGACCCACGCCUGUCUUCCGUCAGCCCAGGGCAGAUGUAGGAUCCAGAGCUGCUACGCUCGUCCUGUGCAGAGUUGGGUGGAGACUGUGGCCUGCAGGAGUGAGGCGUCGCAUGGAUCCUGUCACCGAGAGCCUGGUGUGCACUGACCCCCAUCAUACCCACCCAUUACAGGACCAACCCUGAUGCCACGUUGCUUCCUUCUGCUUCGCAUCUCCCACGUGGCCAAGAAAUCACCACAUUUGCUGGAUGGCUGUGGUGCAGCCCUUGCCCUCCACUUCCCUGGCGCUGCUAGGACUCCAUUUUCCCUUUUGCUGAUUCCUCUGUUUUGUCCCUCAUUAUGAAAGGGGGGUGGCAAAGCCAGGGGGCCAGGCUCUAGGGGUGUUGACUUGACUGAGACAGCUGGAGGCUGCUGACAAAGCCAUGUGGCCGCUGGCUGGUGUCUUGAGGCAGAAGUCCAACGGUGGGAGGAAACAGAUAGUCCCUGCCUUUCACUUUUGCAGCUUCUGGCUCCCCUGACCUUCCCUGGCUGGGAGCUUGCCCCUGUGUCGUUCCAGGAGAUGCAGGGUGGGGUGGGGCAGCUGCACACAUGAGAGUCAGGGUAUAUUUUGCAAACCCAUCAAGGUCCUGAACUUGGUGCAUUGCCUCAUUACACUGUUCCUUCCCCCUGCAGGUCUCUCAGCUCUUGCUGCUGGCCCCAAGGCCCUCUAGUUAACCAGGGGUCCCAUCUUUCACUGAUUCCUUAGGGCUGUUUGGUCCAACAUGCGGUUGGACUGUUGGAUUCACUGCUGCAGGUUGCUGCUGAGGCAGGGGACUGGGCCACACUCAGAGGGCCUGAGCAGGGGAGCGCAGAACAAGACUAUCCAGUUUUGCUAGCAAAGAAGGGGAGGGUGAACAGGGACGCAGAAGCCCCACGCUCCUGAGUUUAAGCCACUUUCUAACUAUCUCUGUUUUGUGCUAGGAGAAGCAGAUGGGUGUCCUCCUUUCCCUGACAACAUCAGUACUGGACACCAUCUCGGGCUGGUAGGUCUCUGUGUGCACUCCAGCUGGCCCAGCCAUCUCAGGCUUGGAAGUACUCCCGUCACUCAUGUGCCAUCGUCAUGAGUCACCCCUCAGUUGGACGGGAUCCCAGAAAUGAGGUGAAUGAGCCGGCCUGGGGGAGCAAGCCAGGCAAUGAGCCCUGUUCCUUCAGCCCUCAGAAAGAUGCACACCAAAAGCCUCGCUGUCAGCCAGCGUAGCUCCCGAGGAACGUUUGUUCCUUUUCAGAAGGUUUGUCUAGGCAGCAGCUUUGGGGGUUAGAUGGGAAACCGGCAGCCCGGACACCGCGGUUCUCUCCUGCAACCUCCCAUCCAUUUCCUUCUCAGAAAAGAGCAAAGAGCUUUUUUGCUCCGCAGCGGGAGAUCCCGACACAGAUGCCGAAUGUUAUGGCCGAAGAGCCUCUGUUUGGAUGUGCGUGUCUCGCAGCUUUGUGACUGACUAAUUUUACCAAAGGCGUUAGGGUUAAUCCCAGAACCACGGACCAGGGAGCUCCAUCUCCCCGGAGCCAACACACCUGGUUGCAACGAUGAUGGAAAUAUAGAGUUACCAAACAUCUAGAAGAAGACGAUAUAUGCUAGGGUCUAACCAGCACGGCUCCCGCAAAGGAAACUCGUGCCUCACUAAUCUAUUAGAGUUCUUUUGAGCGUGUCAAUAAACUAGCGGAUAAAGGAGAA